UCAAGGUAUUUCUUAUCCAGCAGAGAAAAAAAAGGUGAAUACAGAGUGUGGGUCAUAAGGUAGCCCCACCCUUUUCAUCUCUCUACACUGGGUAUGAAUUUGCUUGUACACGGGGAAAGAAACAGAAUUAGACAAUACUCAGAUAUUAAGAAAGUGAGGAAGGGAGGGAAGUAGAGAGAGAGUGAGACAGACAGGAGGCACAGCAGGCUAAAUUUCUACGAAAGGGAAAGGAGUUUUCAUUAGUAGCUAAGCUUUCCCUUCCAACAUCCUAUGCUCGAUUUCAAUGUACGUAUAGUUUGAAAGCUGGAAAACAAACUGGAACAACUACUGGCUUUCACUUUCUUAAGAGACAAGCGCACGCACAGAGGAGUUUGACGUCUGCUCUAGGUGUUGUGAACGGGGCACACAGCUAUCUUUCAAGAUCGUAGCAUUGCACCAGUUGUGUGGUCACAGAGACAAGUUAGAUGAGUCCAAAUCACAUCCUUGUCUGAUUCAGCUGCUCUGUGUGUUGUGGAAGACCUAAGCCAUAUAGAAUGUUUCUAUUAGAUGAUAUGUUCCUGUUGUUUCUCUUCUUGACCUGUACAUUGCAUACUACUUAUGGCCAAUACCAGGAGCAGUCUGAAUUUAAUAUAGAUUCAAAUCUGCUAGGUGAAGAACAAUUCCCUCAUUUGUCUGGCUGUGUUGAAGGGAGCUGCUACCCUGCCACCGGGAAUCUCCUGAUUGGCCGAGCUGACAACCUCAGUGCCACUUCUACAUGUGGUCUUCAGGGCCCAACAGAGUUCUGCAUUGUUAGCCACCUCCAGGAUGAUGAUAAAUGCUUCCACUGUGAUUCACGAUGGCCAAACUACAAAUUCAGCCAUCGCAUUGAGAAUGUUAUCUCAUUGGCUGGACCAGAUGGAAACUGGACCUGGUGGCAAGCAGAAAAUGGAAUGGAAAAAGUUAGCAUCCGGCUGAAUCUAGAGGCAGAGUUUCAUUUCACCCAUCUUAUCCUCAAGUUCAAGACAUUCCGCCCAGCCUCCAUGCUUAUUGAAAGAUCAUCAGACUUUGGAAGGACUUGGAAAGUGUAUCGCUACUUCUCUUAUAACUGUAGUAAGAUGUUCCCUGGUGUACAGCAGCAGCCUCUUCAGAGAGUCAGCGACGUGAUCUGUGAGAGCCGAUACUCUGACAUUGAGCCAUCCAGCAUGGGGGAGGUUAUCUACAAGGUUCUAGAUCCUGCUAUUCCAGUGGAAGAUCCUUACAGCCUGGAAAUUCAAGACCUGCUGAGGAUCACAAACUUGAGGAUAAAUUUCACUAAGUUGCACACUUUGGGUGACAAUCUGUUGGACCAACGUCCUGAGGUUCUGAAGAAAUAUUACUAUGCCUUGUAUGAGCUGGUGGUGCGAGGCAGCUGCUUCUGCUAUGGACAUGCUUCAGAAUGCUCCCCAGUCGAGGGGGUACAGCAAGAUGUGGAAGGAAUGAUACAUGGGAGAUGUGUUUGUAAGCACAAUACCCGGGGACUGAACUGUGAGGUCUGCAAGGAUUUCCACCAUGAUCUUCCAUGGAGACCUGCAGAGGCAGACAACCCACACACCUGUAAAAGGUGUAACUGCAAUAACCAUGCAACAAGGUGCCACUUCGAUAUGGCAGUGUACCUUGCAACUGGGAACAGCAGUGGAGGAGUCUGUGAUGACUGCAUGCACAACACAAUGGGGCGUAACUGUGAGCUCUGCAAACCUUUCUACUACCAUAACCCCUUGGUAGACAUUCGAGCAGAAGGAGUCUGCAUACAAUGUGACUGUGAUCCUGAUGGGUCAGUGGAUGGAGGUGCAUGUGACAGCUUUACCAACCCAAACCUGGGAAUGAUUGCUGGACAAUGUCGCUGCAAGAGUAAUGUGAAAGGACAGCGGUGUGAUACCUGCAAAGAAGGCUUUUAUGGUUUAAGCAGGAAUGAUCCAUUAGGGUGUCAGCCCUGCAGAUGUGAUCCACGAGGAAUCGUUAUAGGCAGCACACCCUGUGACCAUAUUAGUGGUGACUGCUACUGCAAAAGAUAUGUCACAAGUCGUUACUGCAGUCAGUGUUUGCCUGAGUAUUGGGGUCUAAGUAAUGACAUCAAUGGCUGCAGACCAUGUGAGUGUGAUUUUGGAGGUGCCUACCAUAACAGGUGUUUAAUGGAGAAUGGGCAAUGUGUCUGUCGUCCCAACAUCAUUGGUCGUCAAUGUAACGAUGUCCAGCCUGGAUUCUUUUGCAUGCCAUUGGAUUACUACACAUAUGAAGCAGAGAAUGCUGUGCCCCACUCUCCCAAUGAUCCUGAGUUACCUGGGAAACCUAGACCAGAGGCACCAAUUGAUUGUGUAGAGUAUUUUGAUGGCAUUGAAAAUGGACAAAAAGUUAGGAUUAGGAGAAAAAGUCGUAUCUCCCAAAUUAUGAAACAGAGGACCCUGCGUCAAAUUAGACAGCUCCGACAGAAGCCUGACGUGGAGAUCCUUCCGAGAGAACACACUCCUGAUAGAAUGAUUACAUGGACAGGUCUGGGCUUUGCAAGAGUUAAAGAUGGUGCUGGCCUGGUCUUCCAUAUUGAUAAUAUUCCCUAUGCCAUGGACUAUGACAUCAUGAUCCGAUAUGAGCCUGAGUCCUCUGAAGACUGGGAAGCGAUAGUGAGCAUCGCUGCUGUUGACUUACCUACAAGUCCUCGCUGUGGAAAUCUUCUGCCUACAGACCCGAUGUUUACAGAAACUCUGUCUCACAGAGAGAGAUACGUUGUGCGGCGACGGCCUUUCUGUUUUGAACCAAACAAUCGAUAUACAGUUUCCAUGAGACUUCAGCGUUUUGGGGUUCUCAACAGGCAUAUGACAGCUUAUAUACUGAUUGACUCGCUUGUCCUGUUACCUAGAUACACAGAGCUUAUUGGUUUCCAUGGAAACGACCCAAUUGCUGUCCAUCAUCGAGAAGAAAUGGAACGUUAUAUGUGUCUUGAGUCCUUUAAAAUGGCCACCAUGCCAGCACUGGCACAGAUGUGCAUUCAGCUCAUUUGCAGUAUCUCAGCUAUCAUACAUGAUGGGGCCUUACCAUGUCAGUGCGACCCCCAAGGUUCAAUCAGUGGAGUGUGUGAAAAAAUUGGUGGGCAUUGCACAUGUAAGCCUAAUGUAAUUGGCCGACGUUGUGACCAGUGUGCUCCAGGGACGUACCAGUUUGGUCCAAAUGGCUGCAUUCCAUGCAAUUGUCACCCUCAAGGGGCCAGCAACAAUUUUUGUGAUCCUAACUCUGGACAGUGCAAAUGCAAUCAUGGUGUAACUGGGCGCCAGUGUGACCUAUGUUAUCCUGGACAGUGGGGUUUCCCAUCUUGCAGGCCUUGUCUUUGUAAUGGUCACUCAGAAGUGUGUGACCCCCAGACAGGAGAAUGUAUUGGCUGCCGUGACUUCACUACUGGACGUACUUGUGAGAGGUGCUUGGAUGGUUACUUUGGAGACCCAGUGUUGGGAUCUGGCAAGCAGUGUCGUCCAUGCCCAUGUCCCGGAUACCCAGGCAGUGGUCAAUAUCAUGGGAACACAUGCCAUAUGGAUGUGGAGUCAAAUCUCAUUGUUUGUCAGUGUGUGCCUGGAUACACAGGCUCUCGCUGUGAUAGAUGCGCUCCUGGAUAUUAUGGGAACCCAGAACUACCUGGUGGUAUCUGCCGCCCCUGCCAGUGUAGCAACAACAUUGAUACAAGUGACCCAGCAUCAUGCGACCCUCGCAGUGGCCAGUGCCUGAAGUGCCUCUAUAAUACAGAUGGUCCACAUUGUGAAGUCUGCAAACCGGGUUACUUUGGAAAUGCAUUACAGCAUAACUGCAGACGAUGUACAUGUAAUAUUCGUGGUACCUUACAGUCUCACUGCACUGGUGAGAUCUGCUACUGUGACCGUGUAACAGGAAACUGUCCAUGCAAGGCAAAUAUCAUUGGGAGGAACUGUGACCAGUGUGCCCCACAUCACUGGAACUUUGGCCAAGAUCUUGGCUGUGAGCCUUGUGCCUGCAAUCCAAGGCAGUCACUCAGUUCAGACUGCAAUAUGUUUACAGGACAAUGUCACUGCCGGCCUGGGUUUGGAGGUCGUCUGUGCUCUGCAUGUGAGGAGGGAUACUGGGGAGACCCUCAAGUGGAAUGCAAAGAAUGCAGCUGUCAUCCAGAAGGAACACAAACAAUACAAUGCAAUGAGCAGUCAGGGGAAUGUUUGUGCAGAGAAGGUAUUGCAGGUAUGCAUUGUGACAAGUGUGCCCGUGGUUAUCAUGGUACCUUUCCCAGAUGUUUCCCCUGCCACCAGUGCUUUACACAAUGGGAACAGGUGAUACUCGACCUACACAGACAGCUGGAGACACUGAAGAAGACAAUGGCUGAGAUACUGGAGAAUGGCCUAGACCUUGGUGUGGACAACAAGCGACUUAAGGAAAUAGAAGACAAGCUGAAUGAAAUUCAGCAGCAGAUCGGUGGUGUGCGAGACUGGAAUACCACACAGUCACUGGAGCAUGUCAGAAAACUGGCAGAUAGUCUCAGAGUGGAAGUGACACAGCUAUUGAAGAGAGUGGAGAAACAACACAGAGACAUGGUGCAUACAAAUGCAACAAACGUAAUGCUGGGAGACAGGCUACAUGCUCUUGAAGAUGAAUUAAAGGUACUCAAUGCAUCUGCUGCACAACUGAAGGAGCAGAUUGAGAAACAGCUUCCCCCUGGAUUUCAAGAGAGUUUCCAGAGUAUUGAAGGAUCCUACGGAAUAUCUGUUAAAGCAGAAGAGCAUGCCAACAGGACCGUGUUUGGCCAAAACAGCCUUGUAGAGCAGUCUCGUCGCACAAGAGAAGAAACAGAGAAUCUGCUAAAAAAGAAAAACGAUGAGUUCCAAAAAAACAUGGCUGCACAUAAAAGGUCACUGACUGAGCUAGAAAACAAGACGCAGCAGCUAAAUGUUGCUGCCAUUAAUGAAGCGGUUUGUGGAAGUCCCGGUCACCACAGCUGUCAAAAUGCCCAAUGUGGUGGUGCCAACUGCAGAGAUGACUGGGGUAAUCGCAAGUGUGGUGGAGAUGGAUGCACAGGUGCUCUCCCUGUUUCCAUGAAAGCUCUGAAGUCUGUACAGAAUACUUCCAAACAACUGACCGAAACAGCAGAAAAACUGAGUAACACUGAACGAAAGAUUCGAUUAAUCUAUGAAGAAGCUGAACAUGCAAAGAUGAAGGCAGAAGAAACCAUGAACAAAGCAGAAGUUGCCAAGCAAAAAAUUACUGACUCCACCAAGGAACUACAUGACUUAAUCAAGAAAAUCAAAGAUUUUCUGAAUGAGGAAGGAGCUGAUCCAGAAAGCAUUGAGUUGGUAGCCAGAAAGGUUCUGAACAUAUCUCUGCCAUACAAUGCCAAGGAUGUGGAGAAGAUUGCUAAAGAGAUUAAGGAUGCUAUCGGAAAUCUGAACACUGUGGACCAGAUUCUGAAGGACACUGCAACUCAUUUAACAACAGCAAAGGACCACUUGGAUGGAGCUACCAAAGCACAAGAAAGAGCUGAGAAGGUUAAUGCUACAGCAGCAGAGACAAAAAUUGCCUUGGAUGAAGCUGCAAGGAAGACAGAGGAUGCAGAAAGCUCUAUAAAAGAGACACAGAGGAUAAUUAAGAGCACAAAAAAUAAACUUAAACAGAUCAAUGACAAAAUUGGAAACACUGAGAAAAAACAGAAGGAUAUUAUGAACCGAUUAACAAAACUGGCAAAAGAUGUGCAAGAGCUGAAGAACAAAACAGAGCAAAACAGAGUGAUGGCAGAAGAGGCCAAGGAAAAGUCAGACAAUGCAUCAAUGAUGGCUAAGGAUUUGCAGACGGAGAUGAAAGAAGUAGAGAAGACGUUUGACACCUUAAAAAGCAAGGUCAGUGACCUUGAUAAACAUUCCGGAAGUGCUCUGGACCGAGCUAAACAGAUCCAAGCAGAAGCUAAGGAGCUCCUGAAGAAUGCACGGAAUAAUAUAAGAAAGUUAGAAGCACUUGAAAAGAAGUUCCAAGAGAAUGGGAUGACUAUGCAAACAAAGGUGGAAGAACUGAAGCAAUUAGAGGAGACAGUGGUUGGUUUACUGCAGUAUAUUCGUCAAGAAGCGUCAGUAUACUCCACGUGCAACUAAAGUGAAGAACGUGGAAGAAAGCAAAUACAAUUCUUCUGAAACAAGCAGUUAAAUGUGCAUUCUUCUUAGAAUAUGGCAUGUUCUAAAAUUUAAAGUCAAAAUGGAUCCUCCCCCCUUUUAAAUAUGUCAUGUAUCAAUAUACAGACAAAUUAUAUACAGUUUUCAUACAUUUAUUAUAUACUGAAAGUGAAAAUGUUUAGAGUUUACUGCUUAUGGCCCAGGGUUCCAAAACAUUAUUGACCUUUUUCUGAGCUCUUAAAAAACUUGAAAGGCUUCCUCACCUUUCUUCCUGUACAUGCUCCUUCAUCCUGGUAAGGAAAAAAGGACAGAUAACUUUUAACCAAAUUGUUAAGCUCCUUAAGCCAAAAUAUCUGAGCACAUUUAGGCCAAACAUUCCCUCUAAGUAAGAUUUAAAUUUACUGAUAUUAGGUAAAGUCAUAUUUAUGAAUAUAAUUGUUUGUCACAUGCCAAAUGUGCAUUUGGAAAUAAAAAAAACAAGUUUUAUAAAUGUUUGGAAUACUUCACUGUCAUUUAAGAAAAUCUACUUGCCUAAUUCAUAUACUUACUGAAAUUUUAACAGUAUCACUCUAUAGUAAUCUACUGACCAGAGUAAAGAAUAGUUUAUCUAGUUCCUAUCAAUAAUGUUUCAAUAGACUUGUAAUGUCAGACCCCUGAUAUUUCACAAGAUAUGUCAAACAGAAAAAAUGUUACUUGUUUUAAAACUGUUGCAAGAUUAGCAGAAGUGGUCACCAGUAGUCAUAUACUACUAUGGUGCAUAGGUCAGAACCAUUUUAUGAGUGCAAGACCAGGCUUUAUUCUGUUUGUUAACUAACCAAAGAUGCAAAUGCCGUUGUAACUAGACAGUACCACUUACUCCACCAAGGAUAAAAUCAGCUGCAAACCUAUGACAAACAGUAAUGCCUACCUAUCUAUGAAUGUUGAAUAAAACUCUCAGCUCCUCUUCCUACCAAACUAUUAAUGCCUUGAAGGACUGAAAUAGCACUUAUCCACUUGAUGACUCGAAGUCUGUGACUUUUUGAUAAUAUGUUGACUUGGAAUGUUGAUUAUGAACUUCCCAUCUCAUACCAGUCCGACCUCUGAGUGUCUGUGCUCCAGAAAAUGGUUCAAGCUUCAUGUGUUUGAUUAAUUCCCAUACAGCCUACAUCACUUCUGCUUGCAUUCCUCAAUUUACCCUCCCACCAUCCAAUUGUGUAAGUGUAUUUAUUGCAUUUUACUGUGUCUCAGUCUGUUUGCCUACACGUCAUGCUGUUAGUGAGGCAGCACAACAAGUUUCACGUUGAUCAUACAUUAACCCAGACUGUGAGUCUGCCUGUGUGACAGCUGGCCUUUCAGGGAAGUAUUUUCUCCAUAGCCAGUGAACCUAAGCUGUGAAACUUUGCUGUAAGAUCCUAUAUUUUCUCUGAAUCUGUAUUGUUCCCCAGUGAGGAAGACUUUUUAAGUUUCUCCUUAGCAUGCAUCUAACCAAAGACCUAGAAAAUUACUCGUGCCACUCACACUCACUGUUGCUUAUACCUGUAUUUUCUUUUCUCCCCAAUAACCAGGAAUGAUCACCUAUGCUGUGUAACUCAUUAGCUUUUACUAUAGACCCAUAGAUGUACAUUAGGGCUUUACACUGCUAUACAUAUGCACUGUUUGCCAAGGUACUCUAAUUUUUUUUGUGAAUCUCUGCUUCCCAUGAUGUUCAAAAGUGAACUUGUGCCUUAUUAAUUUCACAAAGCCAACAAGAAACAAAGAUAGUGAUAAAAGCCACAUUCUGCCUCUGCAUCUCUGGCCUUAUAUCACCUGUAGGGGUCUACUUCAGAAAAUCGAAAUACAACAUCAUCGAAGACAGAAUCAUCAAGAUGAAAACUUCAAAAUCUGAAAACAUCGAAUACCCGUAACUUGAAAAGUCAUCCCUGAGAAAAGAACCACUUGGCCACCAGGACAUAAAAACAGAUAACAAACCACGUAAAUCCCUCCAAAGUGGGGGCUUCACCCCCCCACACACACACACACACACACACACACACACACCUCCCUCUAGCUAAAUAUACCAACUCCGAGAUCGCACUACAGUGUUGAAAGGGCAGUCUUCAUCAUGGUGGCCAACUGGUUCUGAAACUGGAGUUUAUUUUCGUUGGUCUGGGUGUUCGCUGUUUUCAGAAUUCGAUGAUGUUGUCUCGAUGAUAUCAUCUUCGACCAUCUAGUCUUUUGAUACUUUCAGGUAGAUCCCACCUGCGAUAUAAACUGCUACUCUUUGUAUUCCACACUUGCCGUCUCGUUGAUUAUAAAUGUUUAUUUUACAUUUUCUUCCUCUGACAGACAUCAGAUAAGUAUGUCUUGUCACACUCUAUACACUGAAUUUUUUAUUAAUUUGCUAAACAGGUAAGCCCACUAGACCUGAAACAAAGGGGCCCUUUUUUUAGGGCCAGCCAAACAAUACUGUCUGGCUAAGUGAAUUGCUAAGAAUGUCACAGUUUGCAAGUGGAAACUGACAAAAUCAAACCCAAGAUUAGCCAGUCUUUUCAUUACUCAAUGACUUUAACUUUGAGCCACUGUUAGCUCAUUUUGUCACUGCACGUUCAAGUCAGUUCUGCACAUAGCUUCUCUCCUUGCUUAUAACUCACCGUGCCAAUUUUCUUUCCAGACUGGAAUAGUGUGCCACUCAAGAACAAAGAAAAAUUAAGUAAUAAUAAGCACAAAUAUGAACCUUUAUAAAUUUUUAUCAACUCAUCUAGGCCUAACCUCAAAGGAAGUGGCAUUUUGAUUGGUCUCAUCUAACUCCAUUGUUAUGUUAACUGCAUAACUUUUGUAUCCAUGAUGAUCCAAUCUAUCCUGUUCAGCACAUUUAGGGCCGAUUUCUCAACUUGUCCACUUGGGUGGCAUCAUGAAAGCAAGUCACCCUGAUAGAAGAUCUAGACCUUAAGAUUAUUUUCAGGUUAGAGUACCAUGUGAAACUAUGGACAGUACCCCUUGCCACAGCCAUACAGAUUUUGCCGAAAAAUGCAUUUUUGAAAACUCAGUAAGCAGCAAUUUUUCUGUGAAAUAUUCAGAAAAAAUAUAGUCAUCUGAGCACAAAGAGUACACCUAACUACACCUCUGAUGAGGAAAAAAAAUCACAUCUGACAGAAACAUUUUGCAAAAUUAGAAGCAAAAAGAAAGAUCUGACUUGAGUGAAGGGCCAGAAGAGCAGGGCAGUAAAUGAAUAAAUCUACACCAAAAAUGGAACUCUUAAAUAAUUUUACAUUAGUAUUUAGUAACCUGAUGCCAUUUCUAAUAUGAAUGGAAUGAGUUACAGUAGAGAUUUGAAGAGAAAAAGCAGCAUGGUGUGUUAUAGAUAAGGUAGAGAUGGUGGAGAUUGGGAAUGUUUUUAUGUGCCAAGUUAAUUUGAGCUUACAACUACAUCCUUCUGUUAUAUGGUGAUGCAGUGGUUAGCAUUAUCACCUCACAGCAAGAGGUUCUCUGGUUCAAUUCUCAGCUGAGUUGCCUUCUGUGCAGAGUCUGC